GAGGAGGGGGUUAAUAUUCCUAUUUGGAGCUUCGUUAGUCAUAAUCGUGUUGAGCGAGGGUUGCUGAGAAGAAUUAGAAAGCCGUCGUGCUGAGCAAUGAUUACAACUCGCUUGCGUCUGGCCAGUGUGCCUAAAAUCAUUACUCGACAUCUAUCUACUAACUGUGGCUAUCCGAAACGAUAUGGAAUCGAGCAGCAUCGGCUUAUCAGAAAUGUCGUCAGUGGCAAAUCGUUGACGGGCCAAAGGAUGUAUUCUAACAUCGAUUACUUGAGGGGCGACCCCAAUCUGGAGUGUACGGCCGGAACGAUGAACGAUGUGAAGCAAACCAUCAUCAAAAAGCUGGCCAUCGAAGUUGGGUAUACUCCGUUUGUUAGCACUCGUGAACAUUUGGUGCAGUAUGUCCCACAGUCCGUGGAUGUGCUUCCUCCUCGCAGCAUGCAGGAUUCCUUCACGUCGGCAAUAAUUCCCCUUACGACCGACAAGAUCCUGAAGGACAAAUACGUCGGGUUCAUGGGCAAUGUGCGCCUCGGUCGGUUGAUGGAAGAUAUGGACAUGUUUGCGGUGUGGGUCGUUCAUAAGCAUGUCCAGCUACCGGACCUUCCAGAAGGCGUAGCGCUACCGUAUACUUUCGUGACAAUACUGGUCGAUAAGAUCGACUUUAGUGACCUAAUGCCAACGCACGAUGCUGAUAUUCGACUUUCCGGUCACGUCAGUUGGGUUGGGCGCACCUCGGUCGAGGUGGUUGUGUGGAUGGAGCAAAAGCUGCAUGGAAAAUGGCGUAAACUAACGCGGGCUCUGUUCCUGAUGGCAGCACGCGAUGCAACCAACACCAAGGCGGCCUUCAUCAAUCCGCUGGUUCCGGCUAACGCCGAAGAGAAGGCUAUAUUCGAUGGAGGAGAAUCACGCAAAAAACGACGAAGUCAGCUGCAAAAGGAGGACCUACUUAAAGCCGAACCGAACGACUUUGAGCAACGGAUGGUUCACGAUUUGUUUGUCAAAUCAAUCGACACCAAAAGCAGGGCAUUCAACAAGCGCAUCCUGCCGCCGGGUUAUGUAUGGAUGGAAGAAGCUACAAUGGCCAACAUCGUGUUCUCGCACCCGGAAGAUCGCAACGCACACAACAAGGUGUUCGGGGGCUUCCUGAUGCGCAAUGCUCUCGAACUGAGCUGGGCGUUGGCGUACAACUUCGCCAAGCGUCGGCCGAAGUUGGAGCGCAUCUCGGACAUUAGCUUCCACCAUCCGGUGGACGUGUCGUCGAUGUUGAACAUGCAGGCGCACGUAAUCUACACCGAUUUGCACUACAUGGAGAUAGUGGUGCUGGCAGAUGUAUACGAUGCCGUCACCGGUCAGCAGACGACAACGAACAGUUUCUUCUACACGUACUCGGUGGCCGAACGGUUGCCGAAAAUAAUGCCCAAAACGUACCACGAGGCGAUGUACUAUUUGGAUGGGCGACGGAAAUUCCGGUACGCCAUGGGCAUCGAUGCACCGAAGGCUGCCGGACCUAGCGCAUCCAACCCGGCAGAUGAAACGAAAAGCAAACUUUAAGCCAAACAACCGUUUUUACGACCAUCUUUGCUGUUAAAUGUUUAUGUUUAUUCUAAAAAUCGACACCCAGUGUUUGGUUCACGGUAAUUUAUUCGUCAUACUCUAUACUUUUAAUAUUUGUAGCGCUUCAAAAGCUGAAAUUUGUGUUGUUCGAAGGUACAUUAGGUGAACUUAUUUUUUACCACCGACAGUGUUUACAGGUAUUUUUUUGUAUGCUUCAAAAGAAAAUACUAUUGAAAAUUAACGGACUUUUUUAACUACUAGCCGACCCGGCGAACUUCGUUUUGAAAAUAAAAGCAACGGCAUUCACCCUGCGCCUUGUUUAUUGUCAUCGCAAAAGCUCGUCGCAGGUGAAACUGCACUCUAAUCACACCUGAUUAGAGUGCAGGAUCCGCAGUCUCAGGCGAUUGGGGUUUCCUCUUGCGUAUCCGAUCGGCUUCCCGACGCACCUAAAGC